AAUUUCCAUUUUCCCGAUUCUUCUUCUUCUCGUUUGCAUAUAAGGGUUUCUGAUUUGUCUAAAUGAGACUAAAUUCGUUUAAUUUCUCAGGGUUUUAUGAAGUUGUUGUAGCUAUGAAGCUGAAGUGUGUUUUUUGUCAGAAACGAUCUCUGUUCUUGAUUUCUUGUCUGACUUUGCUUUGUCUCGCGUCCUUGAAUACUAUAUCAUGUGAAUCAACUCAGAAUGCAACUGAUCUCAAGAAAAGGUCUCACAGAGUUUCUUGCCCUUCUGAUUGGAUCAUUGGAUUGAACCAAACGAAAUGCUAUGGUUACUUUAAAAACUCCACUUCAUGGGAGAAGUCAGAAAUGUUCUGUAGAACUUAUGGUGGUCACUUAGCAUCGCUUGCAUCGAGCAAAGAACUCAGCUUUGUUCAGAAACUAUGCAAUGGAAACUCUAGUGGUUGUUGGAUUGGAGGAAGAAGUCUGAAUUCUUCUACCUCCGUUUUCCGUUGGAGCUGGUCCGAUCCUAAGACUCCUCAAUGGAACCAAUCCUUGUUUCCUAAAGUGCCAUUACGCACCCGCUGUGGCAAUGGCAAUGGCAGUUCAUCUUGUCGUGCAAAUAUCUGUAUAGCCGUGACAAAUGGUUCAUUGCCAAUCUUUGGUGAAAAAUGUAAUGCGUCUCAUGCUUUUGUUUGCGCUGUUGAUUCUGAUAUCAAAUGUCGCAAUUGUCACAAAUAUCUAAUUAUUCUCGCUGUUGUUAGUGGUUUGAUUCUGUUCACCACAUUCGCCAUCAUAUUAUGGCUCCUUGUCUACAAACGAAGCAAGAAACGCCGAAAAUCACGAAAAGUAUCAAAUCCAGCUUCUUCAUCAUCAGUAGUUCCUCCGUCAUGGAAGAUCUUUACUAGUGAAGAACUGAGAUCAAUGACGAAGAACUUCAGUGAAGCAAACCGUCUGGCCGGGGACGCAAAAACCGGUGGAACCUAUAGCGGUGGUUUAUCAGACGGGACUAAAGUGGCGGUUAAGAGACUGAAAAGGUCUAGUUUUCAGAGGAAGAAAGAAUUCUACUCCGAGAUUAGAAGAGCAGCCAAACUUCAUCACCCGAAUGUAGUGGCCAUCAAAGGUUGUUGCUAUGAUCACGGAGAACGUUUCAUUGUUUAUGAGUUCAUAGCUAGUGGACCGCUCGAUAGAUGGCUACACCACGUGCCUAGAGGUGGUAGGAGCUUGGACUGGAACAUGAGAUUGAACAUCGCCACAACUCUUGCCCAAGGAAUCGCGUUUCUACACGACAAGGUCAAACCGCAAGUGGUGCACCGCGACAUCCGAGCAAGCAACGUGCUAUUGGAUGAGGAGUUUGGAGCUCAUUUAAUGGGCGUUGGUCUCUCAAAAUUCGUCCCUUGGGAAGUAAUGCAAGAGAGAACCGUAAUGGCGGGUGGAACCUAUGGUUACCUCGCACCCGAAUACGUAUACAGAAACGAGCUAACUACGAAAAGCGAUGUCUACAGCUUCGGAGUCCUUUUGCUUGAGAUUGUGAGCGGUCGUAGACCAACUCAAGCGGUAAAUUCUUCAGUUGGAUGGCAGAGCAUAUUCGAAUGGGCAACACCAUUGGUUCAAGCAAACCGUUGGUUAGAGAUUCUUGAUCCGGUUAUAACGUGUGGUUUACCGGAAGCAAGUGUGGUUCAGAAAGUUGUGGACUUGGUUUAUUCUUGUACUCAAAAUGUGCCAUCAAUGCGUCCAAGGAUGUCACAUGUUGUUCAUCAGCUUCAGCAAUUGGUCCAACCAUUAGAGAUUAACAAAUCUACAACAAGCUACAUGAAGAUUAGGCUUGAUAUAGUGAGGAAAAAAAGGAUUGCAAUGGUUAAAAAUUAUAAAACAGAUAUUGUGAACUUACUCAAUAAUGGCCAAGAUUAUGAAGCUUAUAAAAGAACAGAGCUAUUACUCGAAGAGCUUAGAAUAAUAUCGUGCUACGAUCUCAUCGAGCGAUUCUGCGAUUGUAUCUCUGAAAAUCUCUCACUUAUGCUAAAGAAAAGGGAGUGUCCUGAAGAAUGCAGAGAAGCUGUUUCCUCUUUGAUAUAUGCAACGGCAUGGGUUCCUGAUGUUCCUGAACUUAAGGAUCUUAGAGCCGUGUUUACGAAAAGAUUUGGGACUUUCAUUGCUUCAUCUGUAAAUCAUGAGCUCGUUGAGAAAACUGAAUUGCGAAGACUACCUUCACGGGAACUCAAGAUUCAAACAGUGAAAGAUGUUGCGAAUGAGUUUUCGAUCAAUUGGGAUCCUACACCUCUAAAACUAAUGCUGCUCAGGGAGAAUUCAGCUCUACAGAUUAAGGACAAGGUCGAGACAAGAGCAGAUUAUCUGAACAAAGAUACAGAGAAAAGUAUGAUAGAUGACCAAAGCGAGGAUGAAUCGGUUCUUUCAGAGAGUUGGAGAAGAGAUUCAUUGUCCAAAGGCAGUUUGAGUUCUAGUUCGAGCUCGAGCUCGAGUUCUCUUAGAAGAGAAUCUGUAAGGAAGAAGAAGAGGAAUAAGAUUUUACCUUACGGAAUAGUCUCUCCUCCAAACACGAAAACAGGAACUCGAAACGAUGAGAAAGCAGAAGAGGGGAAAGAAGAGAAUAGAAAGAGUAUUGAUCAAGAAAACUCAAGGGUCGGUGUUGAGUUUCCGAGCAUAGAGGUGAGGUAUGAGCAUUUAAGUGCUGAAGCAGAGUGUGAGGUCGUUGAAGGGAAGGCGCUUCCAACUCUAUGGAACUCCUUGAUCCGCGUUUUCUUAGAAUUGGUGAAGCUGAGUGGUGUAAAAACACGUGAAGCCAAGAUAAGCAUAACCCGGGGAGGCUUAACAUUGCUGCUUAUUGGUCCUCCUGGAUGUGGAAAAACUACUCUGCUUAAGGCUUUGUCUGGAAAUUUGGACAAAAAUCUAAAGGUUUCAGAUUUUGUUUCAAGUCCAUUUUCGAUGAUUCUGCUGUAUAUGUGUGUAUCAUGUCUAUUUCUUUUCUCCUCUAUCUUCCACAGCGUUUUGGUUAAAUCUCCUACAAUGGACAUGGACUGAACCAGUUUGUUCCUCAGAAGACAUCCGCGUACAUAAGUCAACACGAUCUGCACAGUGAGGGAGACAAUUGACUUCUCAGCACGUUGUCAAGGAUAAAGCAAGCAUUCUCUA